UCCCCGGGAAUUUCAAUAUUAGUGAAAUGAAAACAUUGGAUUUGGAUAAAACAAAGUGUUCCUUCUUAUUCAGUUCUAAUCAAAUAGCAAUCCAUGUUUAUGAAAAUGAAACUAAAAAGGCCAUCAUAAGGGCUUGUGGUUAUAUUAAAGAUUACAGUGUAACAAAUGAUACAUUAGCUGACUGGAUAUUGUAUUGUUUGACCGCAGACGGUCAACUGUUCAGGGUCAACAGACAACAAAUUUGUAGUCAGCAGCAAAUAAGUCUUUCAGAAGAAGAAGGGGACAUUUUCCAAGAUUUGCUUACAACAAAUGACAUUGAACUUUCUGUAGCAACAGAACAAGUAUAUGUUUUGACAUCAGCUGAUUUAGUACUCAACUUUGGCCAAGAUAAUAUCACAUCCAUUUGUGUCUAUGGUAACAAUUUGUUGACAGUUUGUCAUCAUCAAGGCUAUAAUGAACUGAAUCUACUUUCUAUUAAUUUACAUUCUGGUCAAUAUAUAUUUCUUGACAUGUCGGCCAUACUGUGUGCAGGCAGGCAUUUUUUUAAAUUGAUAUUCUUAUGA